GGGUCAAUGGCUGACUCGUAUUUAAAGGUCUAGUUCUGGUUUUUUGGGUUCAUAUAGAUGUUCUUCUUUCAACGCGAGGCAUUGAGUUUUGUUUUCUUUUGUAAAAGUAAUCUGGAACUUACUUCAUUCACUGCUUUUUUUCAAAAUGAGACAUGGACCAAUUUUGACGCUUUUGGUUACUGUGGUGCUAACAGUAGUUAGUGGGAAAAACUACAUUCAGCCAGAGCCAAUCAUCAAAGUGGUGCACAAAGAGGUACCAGUAUAUCACAAAGUACCAGUACCUAAGCCGUAUCCGGUACCGAAGUACAUUCCUAUACCGAAACCUAUACAUGUGCCACACCAUGUACCGGUGCCAUUUAGGGUACCAGUCGUGAAGACAAUCCCUAAAAUAAUAAAUGUACCCAAGGCCAUUCCAGUACCGAAGAUCGUAGCCGUUCCCAAGGCUGUGCCAAUAGCGGUUCCAUUUCCGGUUCUGAAGACCGAAGCAGUGCCCAUCUACAAACCGGUUCCGGUGCCCAAACCAGUACCGGUGCCUUUUCCAGUCAAGGUGCCUAAAUAUAUUCCCGUACCCGUGCAUAAGGUGAUCAAAGUUCCGAAACCGUUCCACUAUCCAGUCAAAGUUCCGGUCUACAAACAAAUCAUUGUAAAGAAGAAGAUCGAAGUGCCCGUUCCAGUUUACAUAAAGAAGCCAGCAUACGGUGGACAGUCUGGUGAAGGAUGGUACCCCGAAAGCCAAGGAGGAGGUGGUGGAGGAAACAAUAAAGGUACUCCAUAUGUUGGUGGAGGCGGACAAGGCGGAGGAUGGGAUGGUGGAUACGGAGGUGGAGGAGGGGGUGGAGACCAUCAAGGUUGGGAAUCCAACUAUGGCAGAGGACAGCAAGAAAGUGCUGGAGGAUGGGAGCAAGGAAGGGAUCAGCAAAACAGCGGAUGGGAGCAAGGAGGUGCCCAGCAAGGAGGUGAUUGGGAACAAGGAGGUGCUCAACAAGGAGGUGGUUGGGAACAAGGAGGUGAGGAACAAGGAGGAGGAUGGAAUCAAGAAGGUGGCUAUGGAGGAGCUGAUGAUGGUAGAUACAGCCAAGACAAUGUACAGUCUGGUGGUCAAGGAGGAUGGGAACAAGGGGCUAAUGAUGGAGGACAUGACGAAGGAUAUGGAGCUUCAGAAACCCACCAAAGUGGAGGUUGGGGCGGCAAUUACGGCUCUAGCAAUGCAGGUAGCAAUGUAGCAUGGUCUAGCAACUAUGGUGGAUCUCAGGCGGGUUCUGUUCAAUGGCCAAGCACUGCAGAAGCGAAUAAAAAUGCUGGAUGGCAAAAUACUGGAAACUAUGGAGGUGCUAACAGAGGCAUUGGAUGGGUGUGAAAUCUUUCUUUUGUUUAGAACUACUGAACAUCCGUCCAUAGUUACGUGUCAAAGUUUUAAGAACAAAGUUAAAGGUGAUGAAAGGCCUAUAGAGGUAAUCCGUCUUAAGGCCGUAUCACCGUCACGACAGAGGUAGAUUAUCAGUCUUGUGUUUAUGAAUUUCGGGAAGCUCAGUGGUCAAGAGCUAGUCUCAGGAUCAUAUAAUGUAGUGUAUUUCCUUCUAAUUUAUUUAUAUUUUUCUAUGCAUUAUCGGCUUGAAAAAGCCAAUAUUCUUCAAAUUCUUUUCAAUUUGUAAUUUAUGUUUGCAUUUUUUUAAUAUGUUAUAUGCAGGUAUAAUCUAUUAUAUAGACAUAAUUCAAACGCUAGCUGAAGUUUUCACUUCAAGUAUGUCUUUAAAAUUUCCUUAACCGCUAAUUUUUCAUUUUAAAUAUUUCAUAUUCAGCUUCUGAGGUUUUUACUUAGAUUUUAUUAAGUAAUUUAGUUAAUUAUUUUUAUAACUAGAAUUUAAUCUAAUUUUAAAACCCUUCUUUUAGUUUAAUAUUGUAUAGUUUUGAAAACCUUAAUUUUUUAUUUGUGUUUUGACAUUGUAGAUUUUUAUUGAAAUCUUUUCUUGCGCAAGUGCUUUUGAAAUUACACAGUAUCUUUCUCGAAAAAGUAAUUCAUUUACGAUUUAUUACAUUUUAUCUUAAUGCAUUCACUACAUUUUAUCUUAAUGCAUUUAUUACAUUUUAUCUUAAUGCAUUUAUUACAUUUUAUCUUAGUAGUUUCAUAAUUUCAGUUAAUUAAAAAGGAAAUGAUAUUUUUAAUUAUUUUUUGAAGCUUUAACUGUGUAUGCUGUAAUUUGUUUAAAACAUUUUUAGUGGCUUGUAAAAAACUUCAUCAAAGAAACGUUCUCUUACAGUAUCAAAAUAAAACAUACUUUUUUAUCUGCAAGGAAUAUACACAUGACGCUAAUUCACUUCUGUCGUUUUUUUUUCAAAAUCCCCUGUACAUAGAAUACUUGUUUGAUGUUUUAUAUAUGUUUUGUAUAUUCUUGUGUACGUGUAAAAUAAACUGUUUAAGUUAAUUCUGUUAAUAGACCAUUUCCCCUUUUAAAGAUGCCGUUUUUGUGCUCAAGGAAGAUGUUAUAGAAUUUAGCGAAACAAAAUUUUUAAAUCGCAUUUACCUAGAAUUAAUUUUAAUGAGCGAUUUAUUAAAAUGCUCUUCUCAAAAAAUAAAAGUAUUCAUUGUAAUUUCAGGAAAGUAAUUUAAAUGAAUAUUGAUAUUUUUGAUGAGAGUUUGUCAUUAAACAUAAGAAAGUUCCAACACUUUAAAUUUUACAAUAUAGAUGAUAUUUGCUAAGGUAAAUUAUUCGAAGAUGAGCGACUUUAUAAAAUAUUAAAACUUUUUUUCAAUAAAACCAUUCUCUUGAUAAUAAGCUUUCAGCUUUUCUCUCUUAAAAUCUUCGUAAUGCUUUUUUGAGCUGUCUUGGAACUUUAGUUCCGACAAAAAAUCAGGGAUUUUAUUUUCAGCAGAAUUUAACUAGUCAGCUAAAAUUUAAAAAAUUCAACAUAAUUGUAUCUUGAUUGUAAAAUAUAGGCCAGUUUUAAUAAAACAAAUUCCUUUAAGUACUUUAAUGCUACUUCAGCAUUUUGAACUGCGUGCCCACUUCAUUCCUAUUUGCUAAAUUUUAUUAUUGAACAACCUAAUAUUAGAGGCAGAAACUUUAAAUAAAAAGCUUGGAAAUUUGCAUAUUUCAUUUACUUUCAUGAUAAACGUUGCAGUAACUUUAAAGAUUCAAUUUAGCAUUUUAUGUAUUACCUACUUCAGACAGAGAAAUAAUUGGCGAAUUUAUUUGCUCUGCGCGAACUUUUACUAGCGGAUAUAAGAAAGAUGGUAAACCCACAGAAUUUGAUUCCGAACGUGACAGAGAGAAUUUUAUGUCUGCAAUAUUUUGAGCGUGUAUGUUAAUGUUGCCCGGUGCAAUAGUAAGGAAUAACGUAAAUGCAAAUAUGGAGUACAUUUUUCAUAAACAGUUGUACCGAAUGUAUUCAUAACAAAAUAAAAUUUGCUUUGGUUAAUUUGCAGUUUUACACUCUUAAGGAAAUAAAUGACAUCUAAUACAUUAAAUCAAGUAAACAUGAUGGAAGUUUAAACAAAGCAAACGUUUUAUAAAAUACUUCGGUACAGCUAAAUUACUUUAUCUUCUGUCUGCGUCUGUUUUCUCAGGAGUACUGUAAAUGUAUUUGUAAUUUUUGUCGUUUCUGCUGUGCAGUUUAUUUAAUAUUACUUAUUUUAGCUUUUUGUAUUUUUGUUUAGUAGUAUUUAAGAAGAUUUUCAUAUAAUUGAUUUUAAAUGCAUUGAUUCUUUUAUAUAGAUGAUAUUUUUAUUUUGAAGUUUAGUCUUAAGCUUCAGCAAGUGUGGCCAAUUUUGUUUCGGUACUGUUUUUUUAUCUGUAAUUUUAUUUUAUAUAUUUGUGAACAAAAUAAAGCAUCGCUUUCUAAAUCCCA